AUGGCCAACCUCCACAGCAGUCCAAACGUACCGCCUGUACCGGCCAACAGGUUCACAGCUCCCUACCGAACUUUCUUCAGCUACCCGGAUCUCUACGGCUCGUUAUUCCCACGGGACUACGGCGCGCAAUCGGACGAUGAGGAUUCAGACGAUGAGGAUUCUGUUAUAGACGAGGAGGUUGGACGAGAACCGGAAACCCGACCAUUGCUGGGAAGACGGAAAUCGACUGCGCAGAAACAAGGGGAUGCCUCGAGUGCCAAGACGUUCUUCCUGCUCAUCAAGUCCUUCAUCGGCACUGGGGUGCUCUUCCUACCCAAGGCUUUCAAGAAUGGGGGACUGGCGUUCUCGGUGGUCGCUUUGGUGGUCGUGGCGUUGGUUUCCUGUCUGGCGAUGCAUCUGCUGCUGCAAUGUCGACAGAAGUACGGUGGGGGGUAUGGUGAGAUCGGGGAGGCAAUUGGAGGGAAGAGAGUACGGUCUAUUAUAUUGGCUUCUAUCACCAUUUCUCAAAUCGGAUUCGUGUGUGCCAGCCUUAUCUUCACGGCGCAGAACAUGAAUUCGUUCCUGGAAGCCGUGCUCCACGAGUCAUGGCCGCUUUCCACUAAGGCUCUCAUCGGGCUCCAACUGGUAUUCCUGGUUCCGUUGGCCUUUGUCCGCAAUAUGUCUAAGCUGGGUGGAAUUGCUAUCUUCUCCAGUGUUUGUAUUAUUUUUGGCCUGGUGUAUAUCUUGCAAGCCGACAUAACUGCGCUCGCAACGCAGGGUGUUAGCAAGACCGUUCAACAGUUCAACCCGCGGGACUUCACUUUAACCAUCGGCUCAAUUAUCUUUUCCUUCGAGGGCAUUGGUUUGAUCAUACCUGUGCAAUCAGCCAUGCGUGAGCCCCAGAAAUUCGAGAGGCUGCUGGUAAUAGUAAUGAUCCUCAUCACCAUCAUCUUCACCUCCGUCGGAGCACUCAGCUACGCCACAUUCGGAGACAAAACACGAGUCGAAAUCAUCAGCAACUUCCCACAAGACAAUAAACUCGUCAACAUCGUCCAAUUCCUCUAUUCCUUAGCUAUCUUGGUAGGGGCUCCAGUGCAGCUAUUUCCAGCCAUCCGAAACGUCGAGGGUGCGCUCUUUGGGCGCCAAUCCGGGAAACGCAGCUCCGUGACCAAAUGGAAGAAGAAUGCCUUUCGAACCCUCUCGGUCUGCGCUUGCGGCGUAGUAUCGUAUCUGGGAGCUUCCAAGUUAGAUAAAUUCGUUGCGUUGGUUGGGUCGUUUGCGGCUGUGCCGCUGCUGUACAUCUACCCGGGAUAUUUGCAUUUCAAGGGCGUGGCUGAUAAUAGGUAUUCCAAAGCUGGAGAUGUAGUUUUGAUGGUCGUUGGGCUUGUAGCUAUGGUUUAUACUACAGCUGUGACUGCGGCUCGUUGGGCAGAGACAUAG